AAGAGAUGUAUCAAAAGUUAGAAAAAAACUGCUUGUGGAAUAUUUACAAACUUCAUCGAUUCAAUGAAGCUAUGUAUGAUCUUCAACCGAAAGCUUGUCGAGAAACAGAUUCAAAGAACUCAACUACGCAGUGCCUCAAGCGACCCAGAGAGGAAUUUUAAGGGAGAUUACAAAAAGAAUGAAAUGCUUGGCGAUUGAAAACUGAAGAGUACGAGGGGGGUUUCAUACUGUUGUAACUGUCGUUAGCACAGAGGUAA